AUGAUACAUCUAAGAGGGAGAUAAUAGAAGUAGUUGACAAUAUUCCAUACGUGGCAUAUCCAUUUCAUCUCUUACCUACAUUUCAUCACCUUCAAUCCCUUUAUUUAAAAAAUCUUACAAAAGUUGAGGUGGUGUUUGACAUAGAAAACGCAACUAGUAGAGAUUUGACAACAUGGGAUAACCAACAACCACCAAUACUUUCCUACCUCAAGGAUUUAAAUCUAGUUAAUUUGGAGAAGAUGAAUUGCGUGUGGAAGUGUACCUCUUGGAAUCAUUUUUUAUAUUCUCAAAAACAAACAGAAUCCCCGUUCCAGAACCUUACAACCAUACGCAUGGAAAAAUGUGGAAAGAUAAAGUACUUGUUUUCACCUCUUAUGGCCAAACUUCUUUUCAACUUGAAUACAAUUGACAUAUCAGAAUGUGAUGGUAUUGAGGAAGUUGUGUCAAAUAGAGAUGAUGAUGGUGUUGAAACAAUGGCGGCCGCUUCGACAUCUUCUGGCACAAACCCCACUUUCUUCCCACAUUUAGACAGUCUGUCUCUUUCUUGUUUAUCAAAGCUAAAGCUUAUCCAUCACGAAUUUGGAAGGGGUAAUGUUAUCUCCAAUAUUUCCAUCCAUGAGAAUUUCAAGAGUUAUGAGGUGAAUGGUGUUUCAUGGUCCUUGUGCCAAUAUCCCAGAAAGAUAACGAUAAGUGAAUGUAAUGCACUAUCAAUCGUGAUUCCAUACAAUGCUGCGGGAAAAUUAGAAAAGCUUCAAAAGUUGAAAAUAACACGGUGCCAGUCACUGAGGGAGAUAUUUGAAAUUGAAGGGGUUAGUGACAACUGUUGUCAUGGUGGCACUGAUGUAGACGAUGAAAGUGGCGAUAUAGUAACAACCCCAAGAUUGGCAAAUAUGAUUCUGCUUGAAUUACCCAAGUUAACGAUAUUGCGAAUCAAUGAGUGUGAUCUUUUGAAACAUGUUUUCACAAGCUCCACACUUAAGAGCCUCAAGCAACUGGAAGAGUUGACAGUAGAAAACUGCAAGGCAAUGAAAGUAAUUGUCAAGGAAGAUGACUUGAAGGAAAAUGGAGAGCACACAACAUCUGAGGUUGUCGUCUUUCCCCGGCUAAAGUCGCUCACACUUAUUGGUUUACCAAAUGUUGAAGGUUUCUUUUUGGGAAUGAAUGAGUUUCAAUGGCCACAGUUGGAUAAGGUUAAGAUCUCUGGCUGCCCACAAAUGAUGGUCUUCACAUCGGGUCACUCAACGACUCCAAAGCUCAACUCCAUGCAUACUCGAUUGGGAAGACAUAGUCUUGAGUGUGGCCUCAACUUUCAGUUCACCAAUGCAUCAAAUGAGGCUCAAUUCCAUAAUUCAAGUAUAUGCUCUACUCCGGAUAUGAUAAAGCUACUUCAAUACCCAUGGUCAUUUUCGAACUUAGUUGAAGUAGAUACAAAGUUGUAUAGCCAAUCGUUAGAGAGCCGGAUAUUUUUUCCACAGAACGAGUUGCAUAAACUUCAAAAUCUUGAAAAGCUCAACAUCACUGCCCCCGAGUAUCAAUAUGACUGGAUCGUAGAGGAGGUAUAUGAAGUACCGGAAGAGACGAAUGAUUAUAUGAAUGAAACACAAUCUGUUGUGAUAUUUCCAAAGCUACUAGAAGUGACAUUGAAAAACCUUAAAAGUGUGAAACAUAUAUGUAAGAGCAAUCGGAGAAUAGUUUUGAACUUUCCGUACCUUACAAAAGUGUUCAUUAAUAAUUGUCCACUUCUUGGAAAUGUUUUCACUAGUUGUAUGGUUGGUAGUCUAUCACAGCUCCAAGAACUGCACAUAAGUCAAUGCAAAAAUAUGAAGGUAAUUGUCAAGCAAGUGGAAGAAGAUUUUGAUACUAGAGCGAAGGAGGUUGUCGUGUUCCCUUUUCUAAAAUCUGUGACACUUUUAUCACUUGAAAAUCUCAAGGGAUUUUAUCUGGGAUUGGAGGCUUUUAUGUGGCCGUCUUUAGAUACUUUGGAUAUUAAAGAUUGUCCACAAAUAACGGUUUUCACAAGUGGACAAUCGACUACUCCAGAGCUAAAGGUGAUAGACACAACUUUUGGAUUGUGUUAUGCAACUGAAGACCCAACCUCCUUUAUAAAGACCAAACAACAAGAGGGUUGGCAGUUCUAGAAAAGUAACCAGGUCACCUGCAUUUUGGAUAUGCAAUUUUCUUUGUGGGUAUAAUUAGGAAGAGAAACAAACCAAUUUGGAAGUUAUCACAUCAGCUUGAUCAUGUGUACUUACCUUGCAUUCAAGUUUCGGUGCGAUUUUGAUGCAUCGAUGGACUGGAAUGCAGUUGUUCCUGGUAAAAUGUGAUGUUCGGGGUAGAUAGUUGAAGGUUUUUCGGACAGGAGCUGGAGGUUUUGACGUGUGUGAUAUGUCAGACCCAAAGUUGAAUUUGGCGAUAUGUAGAAGAAUCAGGUGGCUUGUGAAAAUGAGUGUGUCUGUGUGUUUGCGUUCCAUGUCUUUCAAGCAUAGCAAUUGUUAGUUAAUAGUUUGUUUGUGUACGUUUUUGUUUAAAGUUAGUUUUUUCAUAAUUGAUUAUCAAUUUCUUAAUGUAAUUUUUGUCAAUUCAAUUCAUGAACCAAAUGCUGUGAAUUUCACGAAUCAUUUUUGUGGUUAUUUAUAGAAGUACUGGAUUAGGGGAAAAA